CUUGAGGAUUGUGCUCUUCAGAUCUACCGGUACCAUAGCGGAGCUCAGGCUGACUUUGGUACAUACCUGGAUUUGGAAUCCACUUUAGCAGAACAAGCAGAUGAACUAGAGGGAUUCACAGAUCAGCGGAAGAAUACACUCAUUCUCCGGACACAGCUGACAGUCAGGGUCCAUGCUAUCAUUGAAAAACUGUUGAAUUCAACUGGCAGGGAACUGAGGAGAGCUUUAUUUUCACUGAAACAGAUCUUUCAGGAUGACAAGGAUCUUGUCCAUGAGUUUGUCAACAAUGACGGCCUUGACUGCCUCAUCAAAGUGGGUACAGAAGCAGACCAGAACUAUCAGAACUACAUACUCAGGGCUUUGGGGCAAGUUAUGUUGUAUGUGGACGGGAUGGAAGGAGUUAUACGACACAAUGCAACUGUACAAUGGCUUUACUCUCUUCUUGGCUCCAAGGGUCGUCUGGUUGUUAAGACCGCCCUGAAGCUGUUACUUGUGUUCGUGGAGUACACAGAGUCAAACACCGCCCAGCUAAUCAAAGCCGUCAACACAGUCGACAGCAGACGAGGCUUGCAUCCGUGGGUGAACAUCAUGUCCCUGCUGAGUGAGAAGGAUGGGGCUGAUUCUGAACUGCUGAUCUACACCAUGACUCUUGUUAACAAGGUGGUAAGUGCAAUACCUGAUCAGGACACAUUCUAUGAUGUGACAGACGCCCUUGAAGAGCUUGGCAUGGACACCAUCACACAAAGACAUAUGAACAAGCAAGGAGCUGACCUUGAUCUUUUGACCCAGUUUCAGAUUUAUGAGAGUGCACUGCGACAUGAAGAUGGUGAUGACUCUUCUGCUAUUUCUCUAGUGGAAAGUUUAAGGCGAGUGCCACGAAUGAAAAGUGAAGGUCAACCAAGGAAGUCCAAACGACAUGAUGUGGGUCAAAAAAUGACCAAACCAACAAGUGUUCCCGGCCUGCCCAGUGCACCAGAAACACCAGCUGAGGCCUUCAGGAGAAGAAGGCAACAGCAGCGAGAGUAU